UUGGCACCAGAGUGCGUUGUGUCUUGGCCGAGUGUCUGAACUGGGAGAGACUUGACUGGCACAGGAGCUGGUGUCGUCAUGCCUUCUGUGUACUAGUGGGGCAUCACUUGGCACCAGCAUGACUGGUAUAACACUCGGAGGGUGUCCAUGCCAAGAGAAUUAAGAAGAAAAAAAUACUCCCAUUCAUAUCACUGUCUCCUUCAUAGGCAGUCCCUCUGGAUCGAGGAUGACUUGCCACCAAGCCGAUUCGAUGGGUUUUGAGAUUGCGGAUAAAUCACGCAUGUGAUCAGUGGACUUUGUUAUGUGGUGUUGAUUGAAAGCCCAGAAUCCCAAGGAGUAAUCAGCGGUGUUGUAUUCCUCAUCAUUCUUUUCUGUUUCAUCCCUGUUCCUUUUCUGCACUGCUGGGUGAAGGAGCAAUGUAUCAGCUUUCCUCAUGAUGUGUUUGUACAGCUGAUUGGGGCACUCCUUGUCAUCUGCUGCAUGAUAUUCCUGGGGUUCGCAGAUGACGUCUUGAACUUGCAAUGGAGACACAAGUUGCUACUGCCGACCAUGGCAUCCCUGCCUCUUCUCAUGGUGUACUUUACCAACUUUGGUAAUACCAUGAUUGUGGUACCAAAGCCAUUUCGCUUUCUUUUGGGUCUUCAUUUAGACUUGGGAAUCCUGUAUUAUGCAUAUAUGGGAAUACUGGCAGUGUUCUGUACAAAUGCUAUCAACAUUCUUGCUGGCAUCAAUGGCAUUGAGGCUGGACAGUCUCUAGUGAUUGCCACGUCCAUCAUUGUUUUCAAUUUAAUCGAGUUAAAUGGUGACUACAAAGAUGACCACAUAUUCUCCUUGUACUUCAUGAUACCAUUUUUCUUCACCACGUUAGGACUGCUGUACCAUAACUGGUAUCCUUCUAACGCCUUUGUGGGCGACACUUUCUGUUACUUUGCGGGAAUGACAUUCGCAGUGGUUGGGAUCCUUGGCCACUUCAGUAAGACCAUGAUGCUGUUCUUCAUCCCUCAGGUGCUCAACUUUCUCUACUCGGUACCUCAGCUCUUCCGUAUUGUUCCAUGCCCACGACACAGACUGCCGAGGUUAGAUCCUCGUACUGGAAAACUGGGCAUGAGUUACUCAAGAUUCAAAACUAAGGAUUUGCCUAGACUUGGAGAUUUCAUAUUAAGGGUGGCUGACAAAUUCCAGCUGGCAGAUGUGAAACGUGGAAUUGGAGAAAACGACGAGUACACAGAGUGCAACAACCUCACUCUGCUAAACUUUGUAAUAAAGCUGAUCGGCCCAACACAUGAGAGAACCCUGACCAUUAUACUUCUGCUCAUCCAGGUCACUGGAAGUGCUUUUGCUUUCACAGUCCGUUAUCAUCUGGUCCGCUGGUUUUACGAUGUUUGAUUCUCAAUCAAAAAUACUUGAGAUGUAGUAUGGGUUAUUCCUAUUCUGGGAGUGAGCUAUUUUCCUUAUUCCCCCAUACUGGAGAGUUAAUCGCUACUGUAGAUGAAUGUAAUUUUUUUUUUGUCUAUUUCCGGUAUCUAUUGUCUGACUGUUAAAUAAUGUGCCUAAGAAUUAAGUUUGAAGAUUUUUGGUUCAAUUUCCUUAGAAAUUUUUGGAAUCAGUUGAUGGAAUAGAGAAUGUAUAGUGACGGUUCUGUUUUUAUAUUUUAAGGGAUCACUUGAAAUAACAUGGCUAUAUGUUUUCUCCAGUUUGUAUGGGGAUAAUUUUAAAUUCAAUGUAAAAUUUCCCUGAGUAUGCACUUGGUGUAUUGCACACCUCGUUGAUGUAUGUUCCUGCAAAAUUCAGUGCAAUAUUUAAGGACUUUAGUUUAUUUUACAGUGAGUACAGUAUUUAAAAAGUACCUUAAAACUUGAAAUCUUUGUCAUCUUGAGACUAAUUCUCACCUUCAAUUAUCUUUGUUCGUGUGAUUCUGGGCUCUAAUGUGCAGUAAGACACAAGCUCCUGUAUUAUUGCACUUCCCUGUUUAGACUUGGACAUUUGGCAUCCUGAUUUAAAUUCAGUCAUAAAAUAUCCUUUCCAAUUUCUUGUAACAGUGUUAGAAUUUAAAUAGUGUCUGUCACUGUUCAUGCACUGGAUCUUCAGUGGUAUGAAAAUUUUGAGAACCAAGAACAGUCCUCACUUAGACAGCAGUGUACACUGGCAGUAAGUGAGAUCCCAUUGAUAUACCUGAGCCUCCUCCCAAAGACUGUGCAGCUUGAAAUUUUGAAUAUGGUGUGACCAAAUAUUAAGAUGACUCCAUUGCCAAUAACGCUAGAUAUGAUAUCAAAGGGCCUGUGUGCUAGCCUAUGCAACAGGGAACAUCCAUUUUAUAAUUUCAGGAAAAUAUAAAAUUGAACACAGGUGAAAAGAGAACAUUGCAAUCUAGUUAGGUGACACAUUCUCCAGUGACUCUUGCAGUUUUCCAGAAUAUGCAAACAUUUUUGGCAGUGUCUAAGAUACUGCAAGAGUUGUAAACGCUCCAUCAGUCAAAGAUAAUAGUCUGGCCAGAAUGCUGGUUAAAUUGCCAUCCUGCUUUAAAAGGCUAACUCCAGUCAAAAGGCAGGGAUGGCCAAGCAGCUCCUACAAAGUAGUUUGUACAUUUAAGGCAUGUGGUAUUCCUACGAGCCAUGGCUGGUAAUGAGUUUGCUAUUAGGCAGUCUGUUGCCAAGGUCAAAAAUCCAAAGAAAUUGCUUGUCAGUUAAACAAAAGCAAAAGACUGCUGGAAAUCAAAAAAUAAUGACAGAAAAUGGGAGCAUUCAGGCAACAUUUGUGGAGAAAGAAACUGACUCAACAUUUUUUAGGCUGGUCAACCUGAAGCAUUGACAUCAUUUCUGUCUCCACAGAUGCUACCAGACCUGCGGAUUGUUUACAGCAUUUUUGUUUCUAAUGCUGUUGUUUAGUUUUUUUUUGAGAAAGACGAGUGUCAUACUUGGAGACUAGGAAUGAAUGUAUAAGCAAACUACGCAGUGCAUGAAGCUCACAGAAAUGUUGCUUUGAAAUAUAACUGGUACGCUUCAAGUGAUAGUGAUUUGUUUUUAACACUUUGGAAUUCACAUCAACCUGGAACCAACUUACUUGAAAAUGCACAAAAUUAUUAUGUCAGUCUUGAUGGGAUACUAAUAACCAAUCUGAACUGGGCACUUAUUUAAUAUUAGUUUGCAUCAGAAGCAGAAAUCCUGUUGUCUGGAUAUUUUGGGUCUGAGAGAGACACUUUUCACUGUGAAGAUGAGCUGUUGCAGGCUAUGCACAUGGUUACUGAAGUUAUUUACCUACUGUUUAGAAGUCCUUUGUGUGAAUAAUUCACACCUUCUCUGUUAAAUUUGCUGUUGCUCUGGUAUGACCUCAAUUCAGUGCAUGGUAACUGGAAAGAUUAAUGAUUGAAUAAUUGAUUAAAGUGCAAGAGCAUAUCGCUUUUUAUAUGCAAGAUUAUAUGAAUUGUGUGUAGGUGUAUAAUUGAGACUUGGAUACUUUGGAAUUUAGGUAAUAUAAAUGGCAAACGUGAGUUUGACAAUUGUGACUUCAGUAUCUAAAUAAAAUCUUUAAAGAAAGGAA